GGGCGCGGGCGGCGCAGGCCGGGCGCCGAGGACGAGGAGCUGCGGGCAGGACCGGCCGGCCGGCGGACGGAGCGCCGCCGCCGACGCACACGAGGUGACCAGGCAUUGAUGCACCCCCAAGGGAGGCCACGUGCUCAAGGAGGCCACCCCCGCUGGCUGCUGCUCACAUGGUUUCUGGGCCCCUGGCACUCCGGUGGUACACGUGGGCAGGGCGUGGGGACAUGGGGCCCGACAUGGAGCUGCCCAGCCACUCCAAACAGCUCCUGCUGCAGCUAAACCAGCAGAGGACAAAGGGCUUCCUGUGUGACGUCAUCAUCAUGGUAGAGAACUCCAUCUUCCGGGCCCACAAGAAUGUCCUGGCCGCCAGCAGCAUCUACUUCAAGUCCCUGGUCCUGCACGACAACCUCAUCAACCUGGACACGGACAUGGUCAGCUCCACGGUGUUCCAGCAGAUCCUGGACUUCAUCUACACAGGCAAACUGCUGCCCAGUGACCAGCCCACCGAGCCCAACUUCAGCACUCUCCUCACCGCCGCCAGCUACCUCCAGCUGCCCGAGUUGGCAGCCCUCUGCCGCCGCAAGCUCAAGCGAGCCGGCAAGCCCUUUGGCUCUGGACGGGUGGGGGCUUCCGGCAUGGGGCGACCCCCUCGCAGCCAGCGGCUCUCCACAGCGUCUGUCAUCCAGGCUCGAUAUCCAGGGCUCAUGGAUGGGCGUAAGGGGGCCCACACCCCGCAGGAGCUCCCCCAGGCCAAAGGCUCAGAUGACGAGCUCUUCCUCGGCGGCUCCAGCCAGGAAAGUGUGCACAGCCUGAGCCGGGCUGUGUGUCCAGCCAGUGGGGAGGCUGGCCUGGGCAGCUGCAGUACCAAUGGGAGCAGUGGGGGCUGUGAGCAGGAGCUGGGCCUGGACCUGUCCAAAAAGAGCCCCCCCCUGCCCCCUGCCACGCCCGGUCCCCCCCUCACCCCCGAUGACCCAGCCCAGAUGAGCGACAGUCAGCACGGCUCACCCCUCUCAGCCUCUGCCCCUCCGAUUGCCAACAGUGCCUCUUACACUGAGCUGGGGGGCACCCCCAGUGAGCCCAUGGAUCUGGACGGGGCGGAGGACAAUCCCCUGAGCCUGCUGGAGGGGCCCGGUGGGCAGCUCCGGAAGAGCCUCCGGCAUUCGGCCCGCAAGAAGGAGUGGAGCAAGAAGGAGCCCAUGGCAGCUUCCCCCUUUGAGCGGAGAGAAUCGGGGCCCAAGGGUCCCUGCCCAGGGGAAGAGAGUGAGGGGCUCGGGGACAGGGUUCCUAAUGGCAUCUUGGCCAACAGUGUGGCAGGGGGUGGCCCCAGUGGGCCCUACGGUGAGCCCCCGUACCCCUGUAAGGAUGAGGAGGAAAAUGGCAAGGAUGGGAGCGAGGACAGCGGGCAGAGCGGGAGCGAGGGAGGUAGUGGCCACGCCAGCUCCCACUACAUGUACCGGCAGGAGGGCUACGAGACGGUGUCCUACGGGGACAACCUGUACGUGUGCAUCCCCUGCGCCAAAGGCUUCCCCAGCUCCGAGCAGCUCAACGCCCAUGUGGAGACACACACGGAGGAGGAGCUUUUCAUCAAGGAGGAGGGUGCCUACGAGACGGGCAGUGGGGGCGCAGAGGAGGAGGCCGAGGACCUGUCAGCACCCAGCGCCGCCUACGCAGCUGAGCCCCGGCCCUUCAAGUGCUCAGUGUGCGACAAGACCUACAAGGACCCAGCCACCCUGCGGCAGCAUGAGAAGACGCACUGGCUGACACGGCCCUUCCCCUGCAACAUCUGCGGCAAGAUGUUCACACAGCGCGGCACCAUGACACGCCACAUGCGCAGCCACCUGGGCCUGAAGCCCUUUGCCUGCGAUGAGUGUGGCAUGCGCUUCACCCGCCAGUACCGUCUGACCGAGCACAUGCGCGUGCACUCAGGUGAGAAGCCCUAUGAGUGCCAGCUCUGCGGGGGCAAGUUCACGCAGCAGCGCAACCUCCUCAGCCACCUGCGCAUGCACACCUCCCCCUCCUAGAAGCCAAAGACCUUCUCCGGCCUUCGGGCGCCCUCUGCAGACUCGCUGCCCUCGGGAACAAUGGAAGGAAGAAACGAGGAGGAUGAGCGGCCGGCCGACCGGACCCCAGGUCCAGCGGGGGUGGCUCCUGGCGGCACCUCCGGCCAGCCCCCCCACCCAGAGCUUUAAUCCACAGUCUGUACCAAGGGAAGAGAGCGGAAGGAAGGAGGCCGGGUCCUGAGCCCCGCAGGUGUCUGUGGGUGUGUCGUCUACCUCCGGAUCCCGUCCAGGCCCCCAGCUGCCUGCCAGGGCUGCUGCCGGGCCUGUGGGAAUGGGUUACGGGGUUCGCAGGGACCCGGCCUUUUUCCCGCAGGUUGGGGCAGGGCAAGUAGGGAUGUCCACCCACGCUGGGAGGAUCAGGGCUGCCUGUGGACAGGGGCAGCGUCCUGCGCACACGAUGCUAGUCUGUGUGCGGCCUACCACGGCUCUGUGGGGAGCGUGCUGGGUGGGAGGGGAUGGAGCCCUCCCUCCUUGAGCCAGGGGGGCCCCCACCGCCUACCUCUCCACAACUAAAGAGCCCUCUGGGCCUGUGUUGCUGUUAUUCCUACUGAUCUGUUCCUUUUUUUCUUAUGAAUUUUGUUUUUUAAACCAAAACCAACAAGAGUUUAUUUUCCUCCCGGCCCCUUGGGGCUGAGCCUGGGUCUGCAGACUGAAUGUAUGGGGCAGCUGCCCCUCCCGCCCCCCCGCCCCGGUUGCAGGCCGCGGGGCGCCCACCCCUCCAGGCCCCAGAAGCCCUUCUUGGCCAAAGGCUUCCCUGGGCCCCGAGCCCCGCCUCGGCUGCCUCAGGAGAGAGAGUGCUUUUCCUAUAGUUUCCGAGGAAUCUUCUUUGUUUAGAGGUACUUGUUUUUUAUUAAGAAAAAAACCAGUGUAACGUUUAUGUGAAUGUUUGAACUGGAAGGUCUGGGGUUCGCGGGGGGGCGGGGGGAGGCUGGACUGGGUGCCAGGGCCGUCGGUACUCUUGUUUUUCUUUUCUUUGUGUGUGUGGUGUGCGCGGUGCGUGUGAACAGAUGUUGCGCUUUCCUUCUUCCUUACCUGUCAAGGUGGAGAGACUUCUGACCUUUUGCUACCUCUUGAAUUCACGAGAACAGUAAGUUGGUGACUGGCAGUUGAGGCCGUGACACUUUUGUUUUCCUCCCGUUGGUGCGCACAGGAAGAUGUGUGUCUGAGUGAGCCAGGCUUGCACUGACCAGGCGGCCCUCCUGGGCAUGGCUGAGACCCGGCCCAGGGCCCCAGCACCUCCACUCUCAGUGGGGUCCUGCAGCCUCGCCUGGGGGUUUUCUCCUGAGCACAGGGUUAGCCGUGGCCGCCCUGAAGGUGUUUCGAGUAUGCUGCUGAGCUCCAGGAAGCCCGCAUAACUCCAUUCUGGGCCCUGGGCCCGGGGAAGAGUGUGAGUAGUUCAGCCCCAUGGGGGCUCCCAGUGUGGGGCCAGGCGCUGGCAGCGCCUGCUGGGCAACGGGGAAACAGGAGCAAGCUCCUUGUAGCUCCCUGCCAGGGCCAGGAUGAGGCAGAAGUCAGCCCCCACCAACCUGUCCCCUGGGCCUGCAAGAGCUUGAGCUUGGGAAAGCAGCAGCCCCGCCUAGCCAGUGCGGGGUGUGGGGAAGGGCUGACUAAGGUGGUAUGGCCUGGCGGGCAGGGAGGGGACUGCCCUGCUGGCCAUCACUCGAGGCAGUUCUGGCCCACGGCCACUCUGCUGCGUGCUUCGCUGUCUCCCAUUGGCUCAGCGCUGUCUGGGGUUCCAUCCCUCGCCUCUCACCUUAAGCUUUCUCUACCAGUCUCAGACACCUCCAUGGGCCCAGAACCCACUUGAAACGCCAGACCAGGUUGCCACAGGUGGCUCCACUGUCCUCGGCCACAGGAGCCACAAGGCUGGGUCAGCGGCUUUAUCUUCUUCGUUUUGCUUCAUGCUUUACUUCUUUUUUUCUUUCUACUUUAAGUUCAGACCAAAAAAUUCCAGAGUCAUCCCCUACCCCACCCCUCCAGAGACCCUCCAACGAAAAACAGAGCCUGAGUUCAGGGACCUGAGUGGUGAAUGGUGUGUUUUGGGAGUGAGGGCUCCUAGCUGAGCCCUCUGUGCAGUGCCCCCAGCCCUGAGCCGGCUCCUCGUCCCUUUGGCUGGGAAACGGAGGACUGGACCCAGGGUUUCUUGUUCCAGCAGGUCAUUGAGGGCAGGGCCUGUCCCAGGCCCCUUUGCUCUCCCAACCCCACCCCACUCCAUCAGCACUUAAGCCACACGACACAAAGUCUGUACUGCACGGGGGGUGUACACACGCCCAGCCUGUGUGUGGCCUCCCGGGCCAUGGGCAGCCACAAACGUGAGGUGACUUGUGAAAGGAGGUGAUUCAUUUGCAGAGUUUCAGGGACUGGGCGCAAAGGCCCCUCACUCAACGAUGUUCGUGCGACAUAGUAUUGUACCCACCUGAGUAUUGUAUCGAGCCUUUUCUGUAUUUUAACAAGAAAGCAAAACACUAGUUUCCUAUUUAAGAUUUUAAGGGUUUGUGGGGCGGGACGGGAUUGACACAACAUUUGGUUUUGUUUUCUUUUUCCUUUGAUUUCAUGUGGAGUGUGUGCUUUUGAGAGUGUGCGUGGAGAUGUGAUAAGAGCCUCACAAGGAAAUUAGGCCGUUGGGGGCCCAGGGCGGCUUACAGUUCUCUGCUUUAGUCACUUCACUCCUGAAUGUUUCGGAGAAACAGGAAACAAAAUAGCAGAUACCAUGUAGGAAAGGAUAAACGACAACAAAAAAAAAAAAAAAAAAAAAGAAAAAGAAAAAGAAAAGAAAGAAAAAAAAAA